UGAGGGAAGGAGCAUGGUGGACUCCUGGAGGAAAGUUCCAAGUGAAGUCUGCCGUGUUUAUUUCCGGCUCUGAGGCUGCUCUGCUGGGAGGGGAGGAGAAGCCAGCCCGCAGACUUCCCGCUCCGGGGUGCAGACGGGGGCGGGGUGGCCAUGACAGGAGUGUUGUGGAGGCAGAGCCUGUUAGGUCUCCAGUCAUCUAGGAGUCUUUAAUCAAGAAGAACCUCAGAAAUUAGGACAGGAAGAAGCCAGGGGAGCAAUGCAAUCAAUGGCUUCAAAAAUCCUGCUGAAUAUGGAAAAGGAGGUGACCUGUCCCAUCUGCCUGAAACUAUUGACAGAACCCUUGAGCCUCGGGUGUGGCCACAGCUUAUGCCAAGCCUGCAUCACUGUGAAUGAUGAGGAGGCAGCUAUUGGCCCAGGAGGGGCAAGCACCUGUCCUGUGUGUGGUAUCAGAUACUCACUUGAGAAUCUAAGGGCUAAUCAGCAUCUGGCCAACAUAGUGGAGAGACUCAGAGAAGUCAAGUUGAGCCCAGGCUAUGGGAAGAAAGGAGAUCUCUGUGAUCACCAUGGAGAGAGACUCCUGCUCUUCUGUAAGGAGGAUGGGAAGGUCAUUUGCUGGCUUUGUGAGCGUUCUCAGGAGCACCGUGGUCACCACACAUUCCUCGUGGAGGAGCUAGGCAAGGAAUGUCAGGAGAGGAUCCAGGAUGUCAUCAAGAGGCUAAAGAGGGAACAGCAGGAAGCUGAGAAGUUGGAAGCUGAUAUCCAUAAAGAAAGAACUUCCUGGAAGUAUCAGGUACAGACUGAGAGACAAAGGAUUCAAGCAGAAUUUAAUCUGCUUAGGAGCACACUCAACCGUGAGGAGCAGAGAGAGCUACAAAGGCUGAAAGAAGAGGAGAGAACGACACUGGACAACCUGUCAGAGGCUGAGGAUGAGCUAGUUCAGCAGAGCCAACUGGUGAAAGAGCUCAUCUCAGAACUGGAGUGUCGAGGUCAGUGGUCAACAAUGGAGCUGCUGCAGGACAGGAGUGGAAUCAUGAAAUGGAGUGAGAUCUGGGUGCUGAAAAAACCAAAAGUUGUUUCCAAGACACUAAAGACUGUGUUCCAUGCUCCGGAUCUGAGUAGAAUGCUGCAAGUGUUUAGAGAGCUAAGAAAUGUCCGAUGCUACUGGGUGGACAUCACAAUGAAUCCAGUCAACCUGAAUUUGAAUCUUGUCCUUUCAGAAGAUCAGAGACAAGUUACGUCUGUGCCAAUUUGGCCUAUUAAGUAUUGUAAUUAUGGUGUCUUGGGAUCUCAAUAUUUCUACUCAGGGAAACAUUACUGGGAAGUAGAUGUGUCUAAGAAGACUGCUUGGAUCCUAGGAGUAUACUGUAGAACACGUUCCCGCAGUAUAAAGUUUGGUAUUAAAAGAGGUGCAAAUGACCAAAAUGUUUACUCCAGAUACAGCCCUCUAUUUGGUUACUGGGUUAUAGGGCUACAGGAUAAAUUUAAGUAUAGUGCAUUUGAGGACUCUUCCUCCUCUGAACCUGGGAUCUUGACUCUCUCCAUGGCCGUGUGUCCCGAUCGUGUCGGGAUUUUCCUAGACUAUGAGUUAGGCAUUGUCUCAUUUUUCAAUAUCACAAACCAUGGGUCACUCAUUUACAAGUUCUCUAAAUGUUGUUUUUCCCAGCCUGCUCAACCAUAUUUCAAUCCUUGGAACUGCCCAAUCCCCAUGACUCUGUGUCCACCAAGCUCCUGAGUUUCUCAUUCCUUCACCUACCCCUUGUUUUGAGGCUCAUCUCCUACAUCUGCACCAUUCAGAUCAUCUCUUCCUUGUGGUCUCCCUUCUUUACUUUAGACUCUUUUAUUCAUCCUUGGGAUGGUUUAGUGUAUUUGGUUUGAGUUAAGAAAGGUACUUAUUACUCAUUUAUUCAUUAUAUAUAUAUUUUAUUGUUUGGGAUUCAUUCAGGGUACAAAGAAUUAGGUUACACUGAUUGCAUUUGUUAGGUAAAGUACCUCUUGUAAUUGUGUCCCACCCCCAAGAGGUGUGCCAUAUACCGUGAACCCCCCUCCCACCUACCCUCUACCCACUCCCUCAUUCCCUUAUCCCCUACCUUGUAUUGCAUCAUCUACUGCCUUCAUAUUAGAAUUGAGUACAUUGGAUUCUUGCUUCUCCAUUCUUGUGAUGCUUCACUAGAAAGAAUAUGUUCCACCUCCAUCCAGGGUAAUAUAAAAGAUAUAAAGUCUUCAUCUUUCUUAAUGGCUGCAUAGUAUUCCAUGGUAUACGUAUACCACAGCUUGUUGAUCCAUUCCUGGAUUGGUGGGAAUUUAGGUUGUUUUCACAUUUUGGUGAUUGUAAAUUGAGCUAAAAUAAACAGUCUGAAUCUAACAAAGGAUUCAUAACUAGAAUCUACAGAGAACUCAAAUUAGUCAACAAAAAAGAGUAAACAAUCCCAUCUACCACUGGGCAAGAAAUAUGAACAGAACCUGCUCUGAUGAAGACAGACGAAUGGCUAACAAACAUUUGAAAAACUACUCAUCUUCCCUAAUCAUCAGAGAAACGCAAAUCAAAACUACCCUAAGGGUGGUGCCUAUGGCUCAGUAAGUAGGGCGCCAGCCCCAUAUACUGAGAGUGGUGGGUUCAAACCCAAACCCAGCCAAACUGAAACAAAAAAAUAGCCGGGCAUUGUGGCAGGGCCUGUGGUCCCAGCUACUCGGGAAGCUGAGGCAAGAGAAUCGCCUAAGCCCAAGAGCUGGAGUUUGCAGUGAGCUGUGAUGCCACGGAAGUCAACUGAGGGCAAUAAAAUGAGACUCUGUCUUAAAAAACAAACAAACCAAAAAACUACCCUAAGAUAUCACCUAUUCCCAGUGAGAAUAGCUCGUAUCACAAAAUCUCAAAGCUGCAGAUGCUGGCAUGGAUGUAGAGAGAAGGUAACACUUUUACACUGUGGGACUGUAAAAUAAUACAACCUUUUUGGAAGGAAGUAUGGAGAAUCCUCAAAUAAUUCAAAUUAGACCUCCCAUUUGAUCCUACAAUCCCAUUACUAGGCAUCUAUCAGAAGAAAAAAAAAUCCUUUUACCAUACAUUUGCACUAGACUCUAUAUUUUCAAAGAAAGACAUCUAAUCCCUCCUACAGACACAGCAGCAUUGGUAUUACAUCCUUGAUCUCCCAUUUCUCCAUAUUUUCCUUUAUCACUAGUCUGAAAAGACUAGGUGAAGUCUCUUAGCCACCUCCAUGUUAUCUAUGAUGGUCCACAGGAAUUCCCAUCAACCAACAUCAACUAAGGAGUCUGACUGACUGUCAGUUUGUUAUCUGGAAUACCCCAGGUUCAGGUUCAUCAAAGAGUUGAGAAGAGGAAACCAUAAGUAAUAUAUGGAAUAAGCAAUAUAUAGACAGUGAAAAUUUUAUGUACAGAGCGUUUGAGCUCAAACCCUGUCUCUUAAUUUACAAUCUGUGUCAUGACGAAUAAAUUCUGUUUCUUUUUCCUAAAAUACACAUUGGGAUUUAGAAUUGCACCUAACUCUUCAGAUCAUUGUUUAAAACUAAAUGUAGGGUACCUAUUUAACUGUCUCCUACAUAAUAAUAAAUAUUUGGUCUCAUCAUUACUGAAAAGUAUAAUCAGUGUUAAUAUCUUAUGCAAGUUCUGUGUCUUUUGCAGAAAUAAUUUGAUUCUUUUGAAUUCUCAUUUUUCAAAUUCCCAGAAUUUACAGUCAAGACUGCCAGUUCUAAUUUUGUUUUAUAGAAUAUCUUUUACUGAGAGUGGGAUUGUUUUUGUCUUAUUUGUAUUGUAUAUAUUUAAGGUGUAUAACAUUUUGAUAUACAUAAACAAAAUAAAAUGAUUACUAUGGUCAAGAAAGUUAA